AUGCCGCCGAAGCUGCCAUGCCCUCGCUUCUCCAGAUUGUUGAAUUCGAACACCAUCGACCACCUCGACCCGUUUCAAGAAAUCGCCUCACGUCUGCCAUCAUGCAAGCACGCGACCCACCUCAACCAAAUCCAUGCACACCUGAUCACCACGGGGUUCAUUCGCAAACCCAUCAUGGCAGGCAAGCUCAUCGCGUCUCUAUCAGCAAGUUCAUCUCCCUCCGCGAUAUCCGCGGCUCAUUCCCUCGCUCGCAGGACCGAUGGUCUCGACUCUUUCACGUGGAACACUGUCAUUAGGGGUUACUUGGAGAGGAGCGAUCCUCAAAAUGCCAUCUUGGUGUACUCCCAUUUGAGGGGACUGAAUAUGACGGGGGACAGUUACACUGUUUUGUUUGUGAUCAAGGCUUGUGGGUUGGUACCCGCUUUUGAUCAAGGGAAACUGGUGCAUGCCCAGAUUUUUAAGUUGGGCUUUGUGUUGGAGAUCAUCGUGCAGACUGCCCUCCUUAAUAUGUAUGUGGUGUUCGAUGAAAUUCAGAGCAUGCGAAAAGUGUUCGACGAAAUGCCUCUUAGAGACUUAGUUGCUUGGAACUCUCUUAUUGCUGCAUAUUCUGGACGGAACUAUCCUAAGGAAGCUCUUGAAGUUGUUCGUGCUAUGGUCUGUGACAAUGUGACCGUGAAUGAAGUGACUGCAGUGAGCAUUCUCUCUGCUUGUUCGUUGUUAAAGACUUUGGGAGAAGGGAAAUCUGUUCACAGUUAUUUACUAAAAACCGAUGUUGAUCUGGAUGUCUUUGUUCAGAAUGCCUUGAUGGGGAUGUACUCGAAAUCCGGUUCUUUAUCAUAUGCUUGCAGGAUUUUCCAUUCAAUGGCUACAAGGAACGUGGUUUCCUGGACUACAAUGAUCAAUGGCUAUGCGUGCAGUGGUUACUUUGAUGAAGCGUUUUCCAUUUAUAGACAAAUGGAUUCUGCAAAUGUAAGACCGGACGAGGUUACUCUGUUGAGUAUAAUUUCGGUGUGCUCGGAGUUGGGAAGCUCUGAACUUGGUGAAUGGAUUACUCUAAUAGUUGAGAAAAGUGGACCUAAAAGAGAGAGGACUGCUUUGGCUAAUGCACUUAUGAGAAUGCAUACAAAAUGCGGUAACAUCUUGAAGGCAUGUCAAAUUUUCGAUGGGAUGAAGGAGAGAACACUAAUAACUUGGACCACUAUGAUACAGGGUCUAGCAAUCCACGGGCACGGCGUGGCUGCUUUGAUGAGGUUCGUCCAAAUGCAGAGGCAAGGCUUAAAACCUGAUGGGGUCGUCUUCCUCUGUGUCCUAUUCGCUUGUAGCCAUGCUGGUUUGAUAGAACAUGGAAGAAAAUGUUUCAAUCUAAUGAUAAAGGAAUAUGAUAUCAAGCCAUGGAUGGAGCAUUGCGGAUGCAUGGUGGAUCUAUUGUGUAGAGCUGGGCUAGUUGACGAGGCGUUCGACUUCGUGGCGAAUAUGCCAGUUGAACCGGAUAUGAUUCUGUGGCGUAUGCUCCUUGUGGCUUGUCAAAACCAAGGACGCCCGGAACUGGUGAGUCAAGUUAUGCAUCAUAUACAUGAACUGGGGCCUAAAAGUAGCGAGGACUACGUGCUAAUGUCGAAUCUGUGUGCUUCGGUGGCUGAGUGGGAUGUCAUGAAGAAAGUAAGAGACGAGAUGAAGCAAAGAGGAGUUAGUAAGGAGGUUCCCGGUAGCAGUUUUCUCGAAGUACAUGAAAAUGUGCAUAGAUCCUGA